AUGAGUGUCGAUGUCGAUGUCAUCAUUAUUGGAGCUGGAGCAGCUGGUAUUGGAGCAGCGAUCGAACUGAAAAAGACCUCUCUAUCCUUUGUUGUACUUGAGGCGCGUGAUCGAAUUGGUGGCCGAGCAUAUACAGACCGAGAAACAUUUUCAUCGAUUCCCAUCGACCUUGGUGCUAGUUGGAUUCAUGAAUAUGAACCAAACAAUCCGAUGUAUUUAUAUUAUCAAAAAUAUAAAACUGAUGAAAAGAAUAGCUUUGGCGACGACGACAGUGACGAUGAGGUAGUCAACCUUGAUUACGAUGGUCAGUGUCUUUCACCAGAAGUAGAACAACAAGCAAAGGGUGUAUGUGCACAAUUAUUCGAGCACUUGGAAAAAUUUGCGUCUGAAAACGAUGAACAAGAGGAUAGAAGUGUUGAAGAUGUGAUCAGAUCUUACUAUGACCAAAUUGUCGAACCCUAUGGGCAAAUUAAACGUAUUAUAGAUAGUUGUCUUGCUACUUUCGAAGUGUAUGAAGCGUCAAGUUUUCCUGCUCUUUCCGCCAAACAAUGGGAAACUAUUGAUGAGAGUACGAUAUGUGAAAGAUUCGUUUUAUUCGGUUACGGAACCAUACUGGAACGUAUUGUUGAUCAGUACAAAUUUCCAAUUCGUCUGAAUACUGUCGUGACACAUAUUGAUACGUGUAAUUCAGAUCGAAUCGCUGUCUGCACAUCAACUGCCGAUUCUCCGAUUUUUUGUCGACGUAUUAUUGUGACCAUACCUUUGGGUUGUUUAAAACGAGAGACGGUCGUAUUCAAACCGCCAUUGCCCGAAUGGAAACGUCAAGCUAUUGAUCGAAUGGGUUUUGGUCUCAUGAAUAAACUCAUUCUGCAAUUUCCUGAGCAAUUCUGGAAUGCCAAAAAGAAAAUUAUAUUGCGUACAUGCGCCGAACAACGGGGUCGUUUUCUCUAUACAGUAUGUCUACCUUCACCGGCCAAUAUUCUUAUUCUUCUUAUCAGUGGUAUGUAUGCUCGUGAACUGGAGCAUCUCACCGAUACUGGGAUACUUGACCAAGUGAUGAUCUUUCUUCGACAAAUCUUUCCUCAAUUGCAAGUACCCAACCCUAUAAAGACCAAGUUUACAAGAUGGUCUCAAGAUCCAUUUGCUUUUGGUUCUUACUCAAACUAUGCCGUACAUGCAAAUGAGCAAACAGUAGAAAUGUUGACUCGAGAGACAGCCGAUGGUCGAGUACAUUGGGCCGGUGAACAUGCUCAUUUUAAUGAUGAUACAAAUGUUUGGAUGCAUGGAUGUGUUCAUACUGCUUUUCAAAGUGGUCGACGAGCCGCAUUAGCAAUUAAAGAUCAGCUUGAUUCCUCUUCCUUUUCUUUAUCCAUGUAA